AUGGAAUACUCUACAACCUACCAAAUUCACUCAUAUCUCCUCUUACCAGGAAGUAAGCUUAACUUUCUUUUCCUUUUCAUAACCUAUUCUCGGCUUCUCUCCUUCUUCGUUCCUAUUCCAAUUCAUUCUUUUCCUAAUUCUCUUUUUCACAAACCAUUUCCCGUCUCAUACGUCUUUCAAAACUUUUUACAAAAAUUUUUCUUCUUCUUGUCACAACCGUUUCUUCUUCUUCUUCUUCUUCUUCUUCAUCCUCGUACUUCUUCUUCUUCAUCCUACUUCUUCUUCUUCUUCUUUCCUCCUCCUACUCUUCUUCUUCUUCUUCCUCCUCCUUCCCCUUCUUCAUCUUCUUCAUCUUCUUCUUCCUCCUCUUCGUCAUCCUCAUCUUCUUUUUCUUCCUCCUCUUCCUCCUUCAUGUUCUUCUUCCUCCUCCUCCUACUCUUCUUCUUCUUCUUCCUCUUUCUCCUCCUCUUCCUCCUCCUUCUUCUUCUUCUUCCUUCUCCUCCUACUCUUCUUCCUCCUCCUUCUCCUUCUUCAUCUUCAUCAUCUUCUUCUUCUUCUUCCUCCUCUUCGUCAUGUUCAUCUUCUUUUUCUUCCUCCUCUUCCUCCUUCAUCUUUAUCUUCUUCUUCUUUCUCCCCUUCUUUUUCCUUCUCCUCCUCCUUCAUCUUCAUGUUCUUCUUCCUCCUCCUCUUCUUCUUCUUGUUCUUCCUCCUCCUUCUUCAUCUUCAUCUUCUUUUUUUUCUUCUUCCUCCUCCUCCUUCUUCUUCUUCUUCUCACAACCCUCCAUCCGUCUCUUGUUAUUCCUUCUGUUAUCAGAACACUUUUCUGUUUACCUAUUUUCCUCCGCCUUUUUUCACGACUGUUUUCCUAUCUCGUUUUCCUUCUCCUCUGCGAUUACUGCCAUAUCGCCUUGUAACACCAGUUCGCUUAUGAUCACCGAAGUUAAGCAUCGUUGA